ACCAAACUUCAAGCUCUAAUUCACUUCCACAAUGAAUUCAAGCCCCACUUCUCUCCUCCUACUCCCUCCAGCUGAACUCCUGAACCCUCAUGGCAAAGACUCCAACUUUGCAACCAGCAUCAUCUUCGACUCCUCUCACCUCCGCAACCAAGCUUCCAUUCCUCGCCAAUUCAUCUGGCCGCAGACUGCCAGGUCGAGCAAGCCAAACGAGCUUCAAGCUCCCGUCAUCAACCUGGAUGGCUUCUUCCAUGGCGACGAAGACUCAACGAAGCUAGCCUCCGACCUCCUCCAUUCGGCGUGUACAGAACACGGCUUCUUCCAAGUCACCAACCAUGGUGUCAGCUCUGCUCUCAUGGACGACACCAUGAGCUGCAUUGACGAGUACUUCAUGCUUCCCCUGCAACACAAACUGAAAGCUCGCAGAAAACCGCAGAGCAUGUGGGGUUACGCCGGAGCCCACGCCGACCGAUUCACCGCCAAGCUCCCAUGGAAGGAAACCCUGUCUUUCGGCUACGAUAGCUCUGCCUCAAAUUCCUCCAUUCUCGUUGACUAUUUCACAUCCACCCUCGGAAGCUCUUACCAGAAAAUGGGGAUGGUGUACCAGAGAUACUGUGAAGCGAUGACGAAGCUCUCUGUUUCGAUCAUGGAGCUGCUGGCAAUAAGUUUAGGGGUGGAUCGUUCGCACUACAGCAAGUUCUUCGCGGAAAGCAGAUCAAUAAUAAGGUGCAAUUACUACCCACCAUGCCCGGAGCCAGAGCUCACGUUUGGUACAGGGCCGCAUUGUGAUCCCACCUCUCUUACGAUCCUUCUGCAACAAGAAGGAGUCGAAGGGCUGGAGGUGUUUUCCGGCGGGGAGUGGCGGGUGGUGCGGCCUGUUGCCGGCGCUCUAGUCGUCAACAUCGGCGACACAUUCAUGGCGCUAUCUAAUGGUAGGUACAAGAGCUGCUUACACCGGGCAGUGGUAAACAAGAUGGUGGAACGAAGGUCGCUUGCCUUCUUCCUGUGUCCAAGAGAAGACAGAGUGGUGAGGCCUCCAAUGUGCAUUGUGGACGAAGAGAAUCCGAGGAAGUAUCCCGACUUUACAUGGGCUGAGCUCUUCGACUUCACACAAACUCAUUAUAGAGCUGACAUGAAAACCCUACAGAACUUCUCUCACUGGCUUCAUUCCUCCCCCAGCCUCUUGUAGCUCUCCACAUCUUAUUUAGGCUCCGUUUGGGGUAGCUUAUCCGCUGUGGCGGCAUUUUGAAAAAGUUGUCUUGCCUUUUGGAAACUGCGUCUGAGCAGCUAAUCAAAAAAAAAAAAUGGUUUUUUACACUAAAUGCGAAAAAGCGGAUCGCACCCCGUGGUCCGCAUUUCCAAAUAAGCAACUUAUCUGGAUAAGCACAAGCUGCCCCAA